AUACAUAUCGAUAGACUCGCGAUAAUUCCUCUGUCUUCUUUCGCAUUUGGCGGCGCUCGCUCGCAUAAUUUUCGCAAAUAAACGUAAUUUAAUUGUUGUGUAUCGUUAAAAAGCAGCAGCACCAUUUUUUUUGGAUAACUACACUCAUAAUUUAAAGUUCACUUGCCAAAAAACGCUGAAAUGUCCGCUGAAGCUGAAGCAAUUGUCACAACGGCUGCUGCCGACGAUGUUGCAGCACCAGAGAAGACAGCCGUCGAACCCGUUGCCGCAGAUACCACGCCCGAUAAGAAGGCUGUCGUGGAGGACAGCGUCAAACCAGAGCAAGAUCGUGAGGAGAAAAUACUGAAGGGCAAGGAAUUGUUCAGUCAGGGAUCUCGCAACUUUCUGGUUAAGAGCUACGACGAGGCAGCCGAUGAGCUUAGCCAGGUCUGUCAAAUAUACGAGGAGGUCUACGGCGAGUUGGCCGACGAACUGGGACAGCCACUGUUGCUCUAUGCAAAAUCGCUGAUUGCGAUGGCGUUGGAUGAGAACAAAGUAAUUGAUGUACCCGACGAGGCGGCCGACGAUGAGGACGAGGAUGUCGAUGAGGACGAUGACAAUGAGGACGGUGAGCCCAAUGAAGACAAAAAGUCAGCCAAGGCUAAUGGAGCAACAAAUGGUAAAAAAUUGGACAGCAUCAAGGAAGGCAGUCCCUCCGAUGAGGCCGAUUCCACUGGCGAUGCCGAAAACUCGAAGGCUGACAAGGAAGAGGGCGGCGCCAAGCCACCAACAGGAGUUGACGAAGUGAGCAGCAGCAAUGGAAACGUUGCUGGUGGAACUAACAAUGACGAUGAGCGUCCCAGCACCUCGAAUGGUAAUGGAGAUGUCACAGCUAGCACUAGCAAUGGCGCAACAGCUAGCAUGGAUGUAGACCAAGAGGAGGAUAAUGAGGAGGGCGAGGGUGUCAGCGGCAGUUUGCAGCUGGCCUGGGAGAUACUCGAAGCAGCUGCCAAGAUAUUCUCACGCCAGGGACUCAGUGGAUUGCCCUACUUGGCCGAUGUGCAGACAGAGCUGGCCAAUAUUGAAUUUGAGAAUGGCAUUCUGGAUGCAGCACGCGAAGAUUAUGAGAAAGCGUUGAAGAUACAUGCUGAACUGCCUAAUAAGAAUCGUCGAGCUCUCGCCGAGUUGCACUACAAGAUCGGACUCACAUAUCUGAUGCAACAGCUGAACAAAGAAGGCGCCGCCGCUUUGCGCAAUUCUAGUGUGCUGAUCGAAGAGGAGAUCAGUGAGAGCAAGGCCAAGGAGAAUCUCACGGAGCGUGAGAAGAGCAACAUGCUCGAUUUGGAGGAGACCAGACAGGAGAUUCUGGUCAAGAUACAGGAAAUCGAAGAGACACAGGCUCAGACCAUCGCAGAGGUGCGCGCCGCCUUGGACAGUUAUAUUAAGCCCAUGAGCAGCAGCAACGCUGGCGCAGGAGCUGGAUCUGAAGAUGCAGCCGCCUCGUCAUCGACAGCAGCUGCUACGGCUAAUGGGGCUGCUUCCAGCUCGUCGUCAUCGACAACAUCGGCUGCCUCUUCGUCGGCCAUCAGCAGCAGCUCGGCCAAGCCAACAGAUAUCACGCAUCUGAUCAAACGCAAGAAGCCCGAGGAGCCCAGUUCGGAGGCCGAGGCUGUAUGCUCGCCAGCCAAGCGUGCUGCGGUCUAGAAUUCGGUUCCAUGACUGCACAUUCCAGUUAGACAUCUACUCACAUUCACAUCCACAACACACAACAAAAACACAUGUCACAUUCUCACACAUCA